AUGCCAGCCCUUGUUGUGGAUGAGCCGACAUCAAUAACUACAAAAUUCUCUUCUUUUAAUGCAAGUGCCAUCUUCAAUGCACGCGUCCUCUCGCUCCGUCGCAAACUGAUAAACCCCUCGGGUCCUCGGGUGUUGAGUUAUGAAGUCUCAAUCGCGCCAGCAAAAAAGUCUUCUCGAAAGUCUACCUUAAUUCCUCUGUACGUUAGUCCUGUUGAACUUUAUCCUCUGAAGACAUCUCCAUCCAAUGACACUGCUAGUAACAAGGCAGAUUACUGUCUGGCAAUUGUCGUUCAUUCAGAUUCCCACAACCCAUCCAAAGACAAUGAGGCCUGCCUACUUCUUGUGAGAAAUUCCCCCGAGCAAGGAUUCCCGACUGUAGUCAAUGUUCUUCCUAUCGCUUCUGACUUCAAGCACGAAAUAUCCCAGGCAAAGACAAAUCCUUUUAGAGAAGGGACAGGUAGAGGGUUCGAUGAUAAUAAAGAUGAUGAUCUCAUCACAGAGAAAACUUCAGAUCUUUGCAUUGAGUUUUCAGGGCAAGGGCAGACUAUUUCUGUGAUAUUCAAAGAUAAAGAUGAUACGAAAAAUAUCUUGGCCGACAUUAAGAAUCGAAAAAAUAUUGCAGGCAAGACCAGUAGUUUGAGUCAUGGAUAUUCUCCGGAGAAGAACAGCCAUGCUUGGCUAGAUGCCUAUACAAAGUUUGCUUCCCCAAGAACAAUGCGUAAACCACCUAUGCGAUCAAAUACCUUGCCACUGAAGGGAGAAAGCUCAAUUCCAUAUGUGCUUCCUGUUCAACGUCAAGAUACAGUUGCACUUUUAAAUUUGAGAAGAACGGCGUCAACAAUGGUCAAAAAAGUGCGAAACAUCAGCACAUCAAAGGCAAAAGAACAUUGGAUUUUCGCACGACUUAUGGACCAAGAAGAUGAGUUUGUAAAAUGGAAAAAAGCAAAUGUAUUUGUGGGAACAUGGAAUGUCCAUGGCUCUAAUCCACCAGAAUCUUUAUCCACAUGGAUUCUGGGUACUUUAACAACAGAUGCCGGAGAUCAUUUUGAGCCUGAUUUAUAUGUGAUUGGUCUUCAGGAAAUGGAGACUAACACUGAAGCAUAUAUCCGCUAUGAUCCUACCAAGGAAACAGCUUGGGUUAAUGCUGUCUUUGCUGCUUUUGGAGAAAAGAAAAGCAGCUAUUAUAAGGUGGCCUCCCAACAAUUGGUUACAAUGCUACUAAUCGUAAUUGCCAAAAAAGAACAUUCCCAAGAUAUCUGUGAAGUAGAAACUAACUAUACAGGCGUUGGGCUUAUGAACAUGAUGGGAAACAAAGGAGGUGUGGCUGUACGUCUUAGAUACCAUGACAGUUAUUUUUGCUUCAUCACCAGUCAUUUGGCUGCCUUUGUUGAUAAGGUCGAAAAAAGAAAUCAGGACUUUACGAGCAUUGCAAAGCGCCUUGUGUUCCGCAAUUAUCCAGACGAUAUACUCGCCUAUUUAAAUUUCUCUUGGAACAGUGGUGGUGAUGAAGGUGUGUCAUUUUUAGAGUCCAAUGGAGUCUCUCGUAAAUGGACCAAGGAUGCUUCAAUUUUCCACGCAGAUCAUUUGAUAUGGUUGGGUGAUCUCAAUUAUCGAGUAAAUUUGAGUGAGGCUGAAAUCAAGAUGAGACUGCAGCAAGGCGAGCUAGACUAUUUAUUGGAAUAUGAUCAGGCAAGAACCCAAGAGAUUUCUUUAUCUAUUGAGAGACAAGCCGGUAGAACAUUCUCCAUGUUCGACGAAGGACGAAUUGAAUUUACCCCCACUUAUAAAUUUGAUGCUGGUACAAAUCAGUAUGAUACCAGCGAGAAACGACGAGCUCCUUCUUGGACAGAUCGUAUUUUAUGGAAAAAGAGCGAAAAUGAAGAUAAACCUAGUAAAAAGCGACAAAACUUAUUGUCAUACGACAGCUGUAUGAAGAUGAUGACCAGUGAUCACAAACCAGUGCGCGCCUUAUUUGAGACAAAUGUCCGGAAGAUCAAUCAUCAAAAGCUGGCAUUGACUAAAGAUAAGCUUAUCAAACGUUUGGUCGCUACAAAGGACCAGACUCCCAAGGCAACACUUGUAAAUUCUUUUGUCAAGUUUGGAGAUGUCCAAUUCAUGGAGUUCAAAGAAAGAUCGAUUGUGCUGGAAAAUACUGGUCUGGUACUGGUCACUUUCCGGUUUAAGUCGAAGUUGAGCGACAUUGAUGAAUACGAUAACUCUGAAUUCGAUCAGAACAAGAAUGCGGACCAGACUUCAGAAGAGAUCAUUCCGUCUUGGCUGACAGUCCAUCCUACAUCAGGUGUAUUAGGCCCUGGUGAGAAGGUGGUUAUACAAUUCGAAUUAAUGAUCGAUCCUUCAAUCUCUGCGCCGUUUAACAAAAGAGAAAAAGAUAUUGACGAAGUUCUUGUUCUCAGAAUAAAGGGAGGGGGUGAUUACUUUGUCAUCGUUGAAGGAAAGUAUCAGCCUACCUGCUUUGGAGUACCGUUGGAGGAUUUGGCCUCUAUGCCGGUUCCUGUAAACCCAAUAAGAUAUAUCCCUUUGCAAGAUUCCAAGAAUCAUACCCCAGUUGAGCCUAGCGUUGGUGAUCGGCAAGCCCAACAAGUCAACCUACCCAAAGAACUGUGGAAGGUUUUGAAUUUCUUAUGGAACAAGAACAUGCUUUCAAUUGAAUCUUUGUUUUUGGAACAUGGAGACCGUGUAAUCUGCCACUACAUUCGUCAAUGUAUGGAUACAGAUUCUCCUUUUGACAGUGACAUAUUGCUGGGCAAGGAUAUUAAAGACGAAAAACCCGUAUCUGCUGUACCUGUCUCCAAUCAAGCAGAAGUCGCUAGCAAUGACUUCACAGACAAAGAUAUCUCUAAUAUCGAAAAGGCUCCUUCUUCUAAUGCAAACCCCGCAAUUGAGACCUCUACCAGUAAAGAGGUGGAGGUUUCUAAAGAAACUCCUGCUUGCAGUGAACUUACUCUUGUCGCUGCAACUCCAGCCAAUGGUAUAACCCAAGAUUCCAAAUCAACUUCUGUAACCAGCGAAGCCCCUGUUGAUAUCAAUAACGAUGCUUGUAAAGAAGUAGUUGCUCCCAAAGUCACUGUCCUCGGCGAUGAUACUGAAGUCUCUUCAAUCGGCGAAUCAUCAACCAUCAAUGAGACCUCUAUCGAUCAAACCUAUACUGAGGCCUCAUCUAUUAGCGAAGACUCUUCCGAAAAUGAAGAGUCAUUGGAGAAGGAGGCCCUAGGAGCUAAUUCGAUGGUCGAUGUCCUAGUAGCCUUUCUCGAGUGUCUACCUGAGCCUGUUAUACCAACCAACAUGUACAAACUUGCACUGGAAGCUGCCGACUCCCCUGAAGCAAUGGCUAUACUUAUAGCAACUAUACCAAGAAUACAUCUAAACGUCCUACAUUAUAUCAAUGACUUCCUUCGAGAUGCUAUGAAGUAUGCACCCGAAUCAUGCAAAGAGUAUAGACGUCAGCGUAUAGUGGAACUUUUUAGUGGUAUGAUUCGCCCUCCUGUUGACUUUAAGGAACGAAAUCCAGCAUUGGCAAGGGAGAAGAGAGAGAAGUUUGUGGGUCAAUUGCUGAGAACCUGA